AUGGCACCAAAGGCCAAGAAAGGAUUGAAGGGCUCCAUCGAUGCCGUCCUGGAGGACCUCCUGGGGGAUGAGAUGACGCUGCCGGAGAAGCCUGUCAGACUGGCGCCACGGGCCAGAGAGAAGACACUCCCUUCCGCCAGGGCGAGGACAAAGUCCCUCCUGGAGCACAACACCUUCGGCACCAUGGCCGACCCCGCGGGAGCUGAGGCCGAGGUCUCCGACAUCUCAGAGGCAGACCCGCUGGCUCUGCUCCAGGCCAUGAAGGAUCUGGACGAGAUGGAUGCUGACCUCUUGGGCCUGAAGAAGUCUCCUCUGGCCCCUGGCAGAGGCGCCGCCAAGGGGGCUGGGAAACAGGAGCCGCCUAGCGACCCGCAGCCCGCCGCUCCGUCAGCAGCCCCGGAGGAAGGCGACGCCAUUCCCACCAAGAAGCCCUCCCCCUCCCCCAGCAGCUUCGGGCACCAGUACAAGAAGUUUUCUCUCGAAGACCUGGAAGACCCGCUGGCAGGCCUGCUCUCCGACGAGGACGGCGGGACCGCCAGGCAGCUGCCCGGGACGGAGAGCACAGCGGCUUCCGAAAAGAGCCCGGCCGCCGCCAGAGACCAAGGUCCCUCCAUUCCUCUCACUCCUGGGGACACCCCUGUCCGGAAGAGAAAAGAAUCGCUCUUUGACGAUGAUGAUGACCUUAUGGCCGCCCUGGGGUUUGGAGACAGCCCCAGAGGGGAGAGGAGGCAGCCAGGUGACCAGGAAGGGCCCCGCCCUGCUCGCUCCAAGCUGGAGGAGCUGCUGGGCCGAGGCGCUGCCCCCACACAGCGUGCUCGUCCGGGCACCGGGCAGCCCCUGGAGCUCAAGCUGGACAGGAAGAGCCAGAGGCCACAGGACAAAGAAGACGCCUGGGCCGAUGAGGACUUCACCUUCGGGGCCUAUCAGCCCACCGUGGGCUCCUCCGAGGGCUGGCCGUCCCGCCGGCAGCCGGGCAGCAGGUUCUUUGCAGAAGAUGGCGUAGACCGCAAGGGAGAGCCAGGCUCCAAGCAGGCCGCCCCCGCAGCAGCCAGCCCCAGCCCCCCCAGGAAGGGCGGCGCUGACUGGCUGGGCCUCAAGGACGAAGACGAGGACCUGCUCCCGCCCUCCCCCACCGCAGAGCCCCGCAGGAGAGGCCCCGCACUCCCCGCACCCUCCGGGCCCCGUCCUUCUGCCUCCGGCCCCCGCUCUGCCCCCGCUGGGCCGCCCCCCUCCUCCGGGGCACCGCCCCCGCCCGAGGGUGCAGGUCCCCCGGCCACAGCCGGCCAGCCCUGCCGGCCGGGGGCGUCUGCGGAGGAGGACUGGCUGAGCCACGCCUUGUCCCGGAAGAAGGCCCGCGGCCUGGCCAGGGAGGAGCGGGCUGCGGCCUCUAAGGGCCAGGUCCCGGAGCGGGCAGCCGGCCGCCCCCCGGCCAGCAGGGGCUCGGACCUGGCAGGAGAAGGCCUCAGCCAGCCUGUCCUCAGCCCUCCCGGGCCCGAGCCAGCGGCUGCCGGAGGGACGGCAGGGCCAGCAGCACGAAAGCCGCCCGCCCAGCCUGCCGCCUCAGGGGCCCCCGGGACUAGGAACCUGGCCAGCUUGGCCCUUGAUGCAGGCGACUCAAAGAAGGACACAGUCCCUGGCGACCUCUCCGGCACUGAGCCUGCAGUGCGUUUCCCGAGCUCCCAGGACCCCCCAGGGCUGGCUGCGCCCGUCCAGUCCCUGCUGCCGCCGGCCCUGGCACAGAGCCUGCCGCCGGGCACAGGAUACCAGCAGCAGCUCCUGGCUGCACAGCUGCAGCUUCAGAGUGGCACCGCCCAGCUCCAGGCUGAGCUGCUGCAGAGCCAGGCCCAGCUGGCAGACCUGGAGGCCCAGGUGCGGAAGCUGGAGCUGGAGCGGGCCCAGCACAAGCUGCUGCUGGAGACUUUGCAGCUGCGACACCAGGCCGACCUGGAGCUCAUCGAGAAUGCUCACAGAAGCCGCAUCAAGGUGCUAGAAACUUCCUACCAGCAGCGGGAAGAGCGGCUGCGGAGAGAGAACGAGGAGCUGUCCGCCCAGUACCUGUCGCACUGCCAGGAGGCCGAGCAGGCCCGGGCCGAGCUCACCGCCCGGCACCAGCGGCGCUUGGCGGCCGCCGAGCAGGAGAAGGACCAGGAGGUGGAGCGGCUGCGGCAGCUGCAGCGGGCCUCCAUCCUGGAGAUGCGCAAGGACCACGAGGAGCAGCUGCAGCGGCUGAAGCUGCUGAAGGACCGGGAGAUCGAUGCCGUCACCAGUGCCACCUCCCACACGCGGUCCCUGAACGGCGUCAUCGAGCAGAUGGAGAAGUGCUCCAGCAGCCUGAACGCGCUGUCCUCCCGCGUGGAGGCCUCGCACCUCACCACCGCGCAGGAGCGGGAGCUGGGCCUCCGGCAGCAGGACCAGCAGCUCCGAGCGCUGCAGGAGCGGCUGGGCCUGCAGCAGCGGGACAUGGAGGAGGAGCGGAGCCGGCUCCAGGAGGUCAUCGGGAAGAUGGAGGCCCGCCUGAGCGAGCAGAGCCGGCUGCUGGAGCAGGAACGCUGGCGGGUGAGCGCUGAGCAGUCCAAGGCCGAGUCCGCGCAGCGCGCCCUGGAGGAGCAGAGGAAGGUCACGGCCCAGCAGCUGGCCAUGGAGCGGGAGGAGCUGGAGAGGGCCAAGAGCGCCUUGCUGGAGGAGCAGAAGGCCGUCAUGCAUAAGUGCGGGGAGGAGCGGCGGCGCCUGGCGGCCGAGUGGGCCGAGUUCUUCGCGCAGCAGAAGCUGAGUAAAGAGCGGGCGGAGCGAGAGGUGGAGCGGGCGCUGCAGGCGGACGCCCAGCGGGAGGGCACCCUCAUCAGCCUGGCCAAGGAGCAGGCGGAGCUGAAGAUCCGGGCCAGCGAGCUCCGGGCCAAGGAGGACCAGCUGGCGGCCGAGAGGGAGGCUGUGGAGCGGGAGCGGGAGGGGCUGCGGCAGGAGAAGGAGAGGGUCCGCGCCGCUGCCCUGCGCAUCCGGCUCCGCUCCGAGGAGGUGGAGAAGAUGAGCCAGGUGGCCUCGGAGAAGUACCAGGAGGGGGAGCAGGCACUGCGGGAGGCCCGGCAGGUGCAGUCAGAGCAUCAGGCCCGGCUGCAGCUGGUGCGGCAGCAGGUGGAGCGGCUGCAGCAGCAGGAGCAGCACGUGCAGCAGCUAUGUCCUUCUCUCCGCGGACGGGGACAGGAGCAUCUGAGUCUGGCCCAGCAGAGGCUGCAGCUGGACCACGUUCGGCACGACCUGCCCUUCGGCCCUGUGGGGCCGCUUGCCCAAGCCCCAGGCCUGGCAGCGUCCGGCACGAGUGCCAUCGUGGCUCCCGCUCCCGCCAAUCCUCAGGGCCCCCAGCCGCCAGCCACCCUGGGCUCCUCGCUUCUCCACGCCAAGCUGGUGCUGAUGAAACACUCAGCUGAGCAGGACCGAGACUUCCUGGAAAAUGAGGAGUUCUUCCUGGAGACCCUGAAGCAAGCCUCAUACAAUAUGACAUCCCACCCAGCCUGA